GAGGAACUUCCGAGCUCGAAUGCCCUCCCCUUCCUCCGCGGGCGACUCGACACAGCUCGGGGCUCUUGCGGUACAUUUACUGACAUCGCGCUACCUGAACGACGUCAUCUCAAGCAACGAAUGGACGGUUUACCGCAAUGCGGCUCUAUACCACGCCUAUGCCUCGUCCGAGAGCGUAUCUCUUGCUGACGCGAAGGAUGAUGCCUGCGACGAAUGGAAAGAAUACUGUCGACGAUGUUUUGUCCUGGACAAGAACUGGAUCGGCGUCACUCGUGUGGAGCCUGAUACGAGAGCGUACUGCGAAAGUAGCCGGGACGUUCAUCGGUUCAAGAUCGACGAAGAGCUCGGGCUGCUAACAGGCUGGCUUCUGUGGCGGACACCCUCGCAUUACGCUCGCCGUUACACACACGUCGAAUAUGGGCAUGGCUACCUCGUAUUUGAUCGAGCAGCCGGCCAGAAGGAGGUAUGGCGCCUGGCGGAUCAUGUAGACGAUUCCGUGUGCGUCUCUGCACCUGACGCAAGUCAGAUCAACGCAUCACGCAUUGCCGAACGUGCAUACGGCCGUAGCGGACGAGGUUGUCUUCGCCCAUGGACCGUCCUGACGACACCCGACGUCACUCGGUUUUAUCGCGUGGUCUAUCCAACUCUCUUGGCUGCCUCACAGAAUACCGCCUACUUAUGGGACUUGCCUUCCGCCACGCUGGUUCAGACGAUUCAUGGUCUCCAGGCGAGCCACGCUGGCAUGGAGCCACUCGGUGAGAUAUGCUACGUGGAUGUAAAUACACGGCAUGUCGUGCUCUGCGGUGAGAACGGGGUCCGCGUGGUCGGCCGUGAAGACAACACGGUCGUGCUCCACCUUUCUGGCCAAAGGGGCUUCGCGCGAACAGUGCUGAAGCCGGAGCCGACUCUGGGAUCCGACCGAAUCCCUUUGACGAUGUCCCUCCAGACUGAGGUCACGCGCUCAGCAGGCGGACACCGCUGGGGACAGUUUCGAGCAGCGCACUUGUCCGGGAGCGGCCGCGACCUUGCGUGCAUGCUAGCGGACGGGCGCCUUGUGCUGAUCCGCGACUUCGAGUCUAUUGCCGACGGGAACCUUUCCGUCCCAGAAGCUGUACUCGAAGUCGAUCUUACGCACGUGAAUAGUGCGGAUUCAGACGAGGCAACCUACUCACACGGGUUAUACGUGCUAACGCUUGAUGCGCGCGAGCGUGGCUUGGCCGAAUCCUCAGGCCAGCCACGUCCGACUCUAAGAACAUAUCGACAACCUUGCGGCGCUAAGUCUGCAACACGUCGAAAACGGCGUGCCCUCAACCUCCGGACCCCAUUGCUCAAUGCCGCAGACAUAGCCGUGUCAUGGCUCCCGCGCCUGAGCGACCCCACAGUACUCAGGGAGCUCGGCUGCGUGCAACUUCCUCGACAUAAAGUCAGCGUAUCCGCGAACGUCUACCGGGACGACCCAGACUAUUACGAGCCUGACGUCAAGAAUUAUUGGACUGGCGGGCCGAUGUUCCCUCCGAGGUCGCCUCCGAGAGAUAUCGGAUUUGUUGUGUGUUGCGUUGAUUUCAGUGCUCCCGAAUCCCCUGAGAAUAGUUCAUGAACAUAUGAACGACUCAACAUUGUAUUCUCAAUCAGCCAUUGUCCUGUAUCUACACGGUUAUGUUGAGCAGUGAGCACAAAGCUCAGAUGAAUCGGUGACGGUACGAGGGUGAGGCAGGCGGGCCAAACUGGAC